UGAAAAUGGUGGGUUCCACCCACCAUCCAAGUGGUGCACCACCGCUGCAUGGUGGGCUUGGGUCCACUUCGUUGAAGGUCAUCGGAAGAAAUCGACAGAUGGAUAUCGGGGCAUGCGAAGGCCGUACACUGAAGUUGGGUAUCCAGGCUCCGCCAUUGGGUCCGCUCGUUAA